AUGACAUGUUCCCUGUGCAAAACCAAAGGGCACAAUAAAAGGAAGUGUCCAAAUAAAGACUUUGUACAACCAUCUGAACCAGCUCCAAAAAGGGCAAAAGGGAGGCCAAGGAAGGAUGCUAACCAUGCUGCAACAACUCAAAAUCCAACUACAUCUGCAGCUCAAACUACAACAUCAUCAGUCCAAGCUUCUCAGGCUAUAUCACACCACUCCAUGAUUGCACAGCCUACCAUACUUGGUAGAGGAGGAAGAAAAGUGUUAAUGUGGAGGGGUUCAAGGGGUGGCAGGGGUUAUGGAGUUGUUGCAGCCAACGUAGGAAGGGGAAGAGGUUCUAAUGUUGUAGGAAGGGGGAGGGGUUCUGAAGCUGUAGGAAGGGGAAGGGGUGGAAGUUCUUAUGCUGCUGCAGGAAGGGGAAGGGGUGCAGAUGCUGCUGCAGGAAGAGGAAGGGGUGCAGAUGAUAGUGGAAGGGGGAGGGGUAGGACAAGGGGCAGGGGCAGAGGAAGGCACCAAGUUCCACAAGGUGCUGGUGUUUACAUUGCACCAGAUGGAUCUGCAAUGACUACUAACCAAGGUAACCAGAGAAGAGGAAGGUUAGCAAUUGAUUAG